CCUCAGAACUCUGUUGACUUGUUGCGAGACUCGCCUCGUCAGUGCAACGCGGAUUUAGAAAGUGUAUGGUACGUCCAAACUGCUCAACGUUGUACGUAAGAAAGUGCUUCUUCGUGUUUUGUGCACAGGAUAUAACUUUUUUUGAGUCAAUCAUAACUUUUGCCUUAAAAUUAAAAAUAUUGCGCUAUAAAGUGAGUCCAACAACGUCAUUAAUCAGUGAUGCUACUCGUGAAAGCGAUUUAUCUGCAACGGUAGUGAUUGAAAAUGGGGUCACGUCUAUCGUGGAUACUGUUGGCGGCGCUCUUCCUGUACUUUUUCCUACAGGAAACGUUCGCUCACGUUUCCCUCACAUUCCCACCAGCAAGGAAGUACGAUUUAGAUUUUUUGGAUAAUUCUAGAACAAGAGCACCAUGUGGAAUGCCACCAGGUAACUUUAGAACUUCCUUUCAAGCGGGGAGUAAAUUUAAUGUAUCAUGGCAUCUUGGUUACCCACAUCGAGGUGGGUUUAAAAUACAAGUGUUAGACGCAUUAGAAAGACCAGUAUUAGACUUAACUCCUACCAUAACCGGUUCUCAAUUCCUUUCAGAUGAUGGAACAGCACAACGAUUUGAAGUACAACUUUCUCCAAAUUACACCUGCUCAAAUUGUACUCUUAGGUUACUUAGACAAGCUUCAGAAUGGGGAAAAGAAUACAUGUUUUGGUCUUGUGCAGAUGUAGAUAUAAAAUCAAAAAAAGAAUAUCGAGAAUCUUGUAGCCACCAUGGAAAAUUUUAUCUUGGUAGUUGUAAAUGCGAUAAACUCUACUUUGGAGAUCGGUGUCAAUUCAAAAACGAAUGCAACGAGGACAAGGAUUGUGGUGCCCAAGGGAAAUGUAUUGAUAUAGAAGCGACAACGGCACCACAAAAGCAAUGCUAUUGCAAAAUGGGAUGGUUUGGAAUCGGAUGUACAAGAAGAUCCCCCGUAAAUAGUACUCAAAUAAACUUAUCAACCUACAAGAAAAAAGAGCUCAGUAAAGAUUUUAAUCUUUACUGGAAAAUCUUACCAAAACAAGAAAUUGAAAUGGUCAUGGUGGUGAAUACGACGAGUUACGCAGCUGUUGGAUGGAGACCGUUAUCAUUAACACCUGCUUGCAGAAAUUUCCCAUUGAUUAAAUUUCCUCCUAAAGAUGUUAAAACAUCACCGGUAGCUAAAAAUGAGCCGUUACCUUCUCCUGAACCGAAUGCGGAACCUGAGCCGAAACCAAAUAGUGAACCGGUACCCGAACCAAAUAGUGAACCUAUUCCUGAACCAUCCAGCGAACCAGAGCCAACAUCAGAACCUGAACCAACUACCAAAAAAAGUUUGUAUGCUCGUCGAGCUGCUGGAAAACCUGAUUCGAAUCAUUUUGAUGAUGGACUUGUUACAACGAGUGUUUCUUAUCAAGUUAGCAUUAAAAAAGGAAGGAAAAGGCGUCAAACAAAUCUUGAUUCAGUAGAAGAACCGCCCUUCGUACCAACGAUAGCACCAGAACCUGAACCUAACUCAAAACCUGAACCUGAACCUAAUUCAGAACCUGAAUCAAAUUUUGAACUUGAAUCUAAUUCAGAACCUAAACCUAAUUCAGAACCAGAACCUACAUCAGAACCCGAACCAACAUCAGAAUCAGAACCGAUUGCUGAGCCUAACACAAUUACAUCUCCAUUUCCAGAACCAAAUUCUGAGCCAGAACCUAGUUCCGAACCAGAACCUAAUUCUGAACCAGAGCCUAUUUCUGAACCAGAACCCAGUUCCGAACCAGAACCAACAUCAGAGCCGGAGCCAAAGUCUGAACCGAUUCCAGAACCCGCCUCUGAACCAGAACCGAAUUCCGAACCGGAACCCGAACCUAAAUCGGAGCCAGAACCGGAACCAAAGCCCGAACCAGCUAAUUAUCCAGAACAAGGCAAAAACCAUAAUGUUCCUUCCAAGAAGCAAGCACCAGAAUUUAAUCCAAUGGAUUGUAAUGAUAUGGUAAUCGGUAUGGCCAGAGGAAUGUACAAUAGAAUCGGCGAUUAUUACACUAGAGAUCGUUCAACUCCACGUCAAGAUGUUUAUUGGGGCGGCAAAAACGAUUUAAUUGCUGCAUUUGGCUUCGAAUCGGAAGGAGUUACCACCAUAAUGUUUAGAAAAAAACUUUUAGCAAAAGAACCUUCAGAUCACUCCAUAGAAGACGAUUACAUGCAUGUUGUUUGGGCUCAAGGACAAGAGUCUGGUAAAUAUGUUCAUUUCCCCAAUUCCAGUAUUGAAUCAGGAAAGAUUAGCGUUAAAGACUUUUAUAAACCGGAUGAGUUAAAAUAUCACGGACAUCGAAAACAAAGAGGAUCGUUAAUUAUUGAUUUUAUGGAUGAUUACAAAAAACCUAAAGAUGGAUCGGAAUGUAUUGGAAGCUGGCAAUUACCGAAAAAGUGCAACCCAAUGAAUCACACAUGCGAUUACUACGCAGAGUGGAAGUACACUUCGAAAAAUGAUGAGAUUCAGUUUAUGAUUACCACGAAACAUAUUGAUAAAUGGACGGGAAUUGGAUUUUCAAAAGAUACAAGCAUGGUUAAUACUGAUGCCAUAAUUGGUUGGGUUGAUAAUUUUGGUAAAACUUUCGUUAUGGAUACAUGGAUUGAAAGUUAUUCACCAACAAGCGUUAAAUUAGACGAAUCUCAAGAUAUUUAUAACAUUAACGGUAGCGUAAUCGAUGGAGAAAUGACUUUGAGAUUUACUCGCAAAAAGUCUACCGAAGAUAGCAAAGAUUUAUCGUUUACCGAAGAUGAUUGUCUGUAUAUGUUUUUCCCAGCUAAUGGUGGAAUAUAUAACCCAGUGAAUAAGAAAAUUACAAAACAUUUAAGAACACCAUUUGUAUCAAUGGAGAAAAUUUGCAUUAGAGCUUGCGAUAAUGAAUUCGAAGAAGUAAAUGAAAUAGGGGAUGGAGAAUCACCAUCUGGAUUAAGAUACAAUGUUAAGGUGAAAAUUGUCGAUUUAGGCGAGAAUUUCCAUCUUCCACAGCAAAACAGUCCAGAUUUUGAAGAAUUAACAAAUAGGAUUAACGAUAAUUUUAAACCAUUAUUUAAGAAAAUUCCGGGAUAUAGAAGGAUUAAAAUUAAUGGCAUAAAAGAAAUGAAUAAGGAUAUAAUAGCAAUGAUGCAAUUACAAGUAGAUAAAAAUACUUUAGAAAAAGGUAGAUCAAUGAAAGAUGAUAAACACGAUGAGCAUGUUGAAAAAAUCAUCAGAGAUUCAUUACUUAGCGGAACAGUUGGUGGAUUUCGCGUUGACCGAAACUAUCUUGAAUUUGAACCUCAAAGUUUAACAUCAAACAUCGUCUCAAACACUUCUCAAACAAAAACCGGCUUUUUCAAUUUGUCCGAAACAAAACUCUACCUGGUAAUCGGUUGCAUCGCAGCUUUAGUUCUUGUGGCACUCGUCCAAGCAAGUUGUACAAUAUACAAGACCGCCAGCAGAUCGUCAUCGAGUCAUAAGGAUCACCUAAUUCCAAAUUCGGCUUGGAAGGAUUAUUCAGCAGCAAAUACCAAUUACGCUUUUGAUACAUAUGAUGACGAGAAAAAACACAUGAACGGAAAAGGAACUCGAAGUGAAACUCUACCGAAUAAACAGGCACGUCAACAACAGCAACAACAACAACAACAACAAGGUAAAUUACCAAAUAGGACGCAAGGUAAUCCCGCAACAAUGCACAUGCAACAAACGCAACCACAUUACGGACAACACCCACAUCAACACACAGGAUACAUGGGAGAUACAAGAUCUUUACAACGACCCAGAGGAGCAUAUCCGCCAGGAAAUUUAGAAAGAAGUACGUUUUCUUUGCCAAGAACGGCUUACGAAAGACACCGGCAACAACAACCCGAUAUGCAACCAGACUUUUAUUUUAUGCCGUCACAAAGGAAGUAUUCAGGUGAAGUUGUGCGAGUUUAUGUUGAUUAUAAUAAUCAGCCGAAAUAAAUAUGAAUAGAGAAAGAACAUUACGCGAUUAUGUAAAUAAAUUUUAAGAAACUUUAAGUGUAUAUACAUAAUGUGUGGAUUUGUGCUUUCAGUUAGAACAUUUUGUUAAAAAAUGAAAUAGUAAUGAAUGAUAUAAAUAUUAAAGUUGGAGGUUUUUAAGCAAUUAAUUUAUAAUAAUUAUUACAGUAGUUCUUUUCACAAUUUUUUUCUUGUUAUAAAUUAUCCGUUACGACUGAGUUCUAAGUUAAAAAUAGAACUUCAAUACCAAAGCACAAAGAUUUUACUAAGUCAAUAUUUACAGCUUUCUUUAUUUUUAAUUAAAGCAAUCAAUAUAUAUAUUUUUUUGGUAGAGUUUUCCCUCAAACAACGAAAUAGUUUUGUUAGGUAAUUUUAGAGUUGCUUAUUGUGUAAUAACUUAUUGCUUAGAAAUAUACAGAUGUGCUUGAAUUCGCUGACGAAUAAGUGUUAUGUAUUUUAGAGUUAAAUUAAUACAAAACUUUUUCAAAAACUACAAACUAUAGAAAAUCCUCCAUUAAAUCUACAUCUAGCGACUAAUUUAAAUUGAAUUAUAGAUUCAUCUUUUCUAUUCGAUCUUUCUUUACCAUAAAAUUUUAUUUGCAUUUGAUCUUACCACUAAUGACAUUAUUACUAUUUAAACAUUUAAAUAUCUUUCUAAACUUUAAAAAUGAGGAAAAUGGUUAAUUUUAGAAUUUAAAAGAAGAAUUGUGAAACAGAAAUACAUUAUUCUGUUUUUUUUUUCAAAUUUUCUAAUUCUAGUGAUAACAUCUUCACAAGAAACGCCUUUAUUGUGUUCUUUUUGCCCUGUACAAAAUUUUUAACAACUUCAUUAACAGCACUAUUACUCAAUUUGUUUCACUAAGAAUUAACAUUCCAAGUCAAUUGUUUACUUUUUGGUUCCACUUUUUCUUUGCUUAAACCUUCAAUAUAUUCUCACAAGUUACAAGAAAUAACAAUAGUAAACAUGAAGGUUCUGCAUGAACUUUUCCAAACUACUCUAUCUUCAGUUACUAUUAAAUGCAACCAAUUUGCUAAGAAGCAUAAGAUAGUAAAGGAACUUUUGAUAGUACACUACACUUGCACUAUCACUUGCACAACAGUAUUAACUGUUGUGCAAGUGAUCUUUUUCGAAAUACUUUUGGGAUUUGUUCUUGAAGUCGCCAUAUUGGCAUAGAAUACAGGUUUGAUUCAGUAAAAUAUGACGCCCGCUCCGCAUAAACGCGUAAUUUAUAAAAGUAAUUUAUUUCUAAAUUUAUCAAAUUAAAAUUGAAGAUUUAGCGUUUAUUACCUAAAAAAAAGUUUGAAAACAUAUUUUUUAUAUAUAAUUUUUUACAAGAGAGUAACAAGUUAGAAUUAUGAUCAAGUGUCAACCCAACUCAACCCUAGCUUUCUUAUUAAAUUGCCAGUAAACUCUAAAGCUCUCUUUAAUGAAUAACAAAAAUGGAAAAAGUAAAAACUUUUUGUGAGAAAUAACAAAAUACUUAAUU